AUGGUCGCCUUUUGCCGCAACGACACAUUCACGGGACGUAAAGAUAUAAUUGCACGCCUAAAGGAGCUGUUAGAAGAUCAGAAUUACAAUCGUGUCGCUCUGUACGGAUUAGGUGGUGCUGGCAAAACCCAAAUUGCACUGGAGUAUGUUCACCAGCGCAAAGGCCUGAGCCAUGUAUUCUGGGUGCAUGGAAGCAGCUUUCUGAAAUUCGGCGAGGAUUACCGACGCAUUUUCCAAACCGUGGGAAUAUCCCAAGGGGGCCCCGAACCAAGUGAGAACGAACAGCUAUCAGAGGUCAAGAGAUGGCUUGAGUCUCCGGCUAGCGGGAGCUGGAUCAUGAUUAUUGAUAACGCCGAUAACGAGGCGGACUUUUCGGGCAAUAAAAGUCCUAUAUCGAGAUUCGUACCGCAGAGUUCUAACGGAAAGAUCGUUAUUACAACACGAUCGAGAGUGGUAGCUAGCCGCCAAGGUUGUAGUGUUGUUGAAGUGGGGAAGAUGAGGACUGAGGAAGCUAGGGAGCUCUUCUUUCAGCGGUUUGGCAAAACAGUUGGAUUGCAGGAUCAUGACCUCGAGGCUAGUAAUAAGCGGCGGAAAGCGCUACUUUCAGAACAGUUCUGCGAUAUCCGUCGGGAGGUAGACAUGACGGAGAGCAUUCUGAGCACUUACUUUAUCACUUUCGAGCGGAUAAAUGAGAAAUCCCCAAAGGGCGCAGACCUUCUCCGGCUGAUUGCCUUUUUUGACCGUCAGAAAAUACCGGAAGAAUUGCUUGUUAAAUCCGGCUUAGAGGGAAUGAAUGACCCAAUCGAAUUCCGCAAGGCAAUCGGAGCUCUCUUGAACUUCUCGCUUGUCACCCGGGCAGAGGGCGCAGCUGUGUAUGAACUUCACAGAUUGGUACAACACUCCAUUCAAGUCUACUUAAAGCAGGAGGAGGUGCGCAAAUGGAGCAGAACAGGAUUAAGUGUGAUAUUGAGAUUAUUUCCUCCGCACGAGCACAACGUGCGGGAUAUCUGUGCUUCCUACCUUCCGCACGCACUUGCCAUCCUUGAGAAUUCGGAUGAUCCUUUGGUUAGUCCUGUUCAUUACCGUGUGGCCAUGCAUCUCCAGAGUAUCGGCCAUUACAAUGACGCGGAGGUUCAAAUUCGGCGCUGCAUUCAACUUGAAGGGGACACAGACGAAAACGACUGCGGCUCACUAGCAAGAUCUAGUCUUCUAGCUACGGUGUUGGUGGCAAGGGGUAGAUAUGAGGAGGCCGAAAAUAUCUUCCGGCGUGUGCUUGAAGGAAGGGAAAAGGUGCUUGGAUCAGAUCACCUCGAUACUCUAACAAGCGCCCAUAACCUUGCUUUAGUACUGGGGCAGUUAGGGAGGCAUAAUGAGGCGGAGAAGUUAAAUCGUGCACUUGUUUGGAUUCUAGACGCUCUAGGAAAAUAUGAUGAAGGAGAAAGGACGAAUAAACGCGUAUUGGAUACUAGGCAGAGAGUGUUGGGGCCGGGACACCCUGACACACUUUCUAGUCUCCAUAAGCACGGGGUUAUGCUACAGAGGCUCGGGAGGUACGCAGAAGCAGAAAAGUAUUACCGACACGCACUUGAAGGACGGGAAAAGAAACUGGGGCCAGAGCACCCUGAUACCUUAUCCAGUGUCGAUGGCUGGGUCAUGGUGUUGUUAGAGUUGGGGGAAUAUGCCGGAGCAGAACAACCCGCGCAACGUGCGUUCGAGGGGUAUCAGAAGAUAUGGGGGCCAGACCACAAGUCCACUCUCAUGGCUAUGGGUAAUCUGAGUUCGGUACUGCAGGGAUUAGGGAGGUACGAUGAAGCAGAGACGGUGCUCCGGACUGUGGUUGAAGGGAGGGAGAAAGCCCUAGGUCCAGAGAGUAUGAUAACGCUACUGAGCGUGAAUAACCUGGCUUUACUCCUCCACCAUCUUGGGCAAUUUGAGGAAUCAGAGAAACUCCAGCGACGUGUGUUUGAAACGAGAGAGAAGACACUAGGCCUAAUAAACGAAGCUACUCUAAGCAGCCUCAGAAAUCUAGCUUCGGUAUUGCGUGACCAAGGAAAAAACGAGGAAACUGAGGAGGUGUCUCUAAGAGCGCUAAAAUGCUGUACGGAAUUAUACGGGGAGGAGCACCUAGAAACCUUGACGUGUGUCGAGAACCUAGCGUUGUUUUUAUGUUACCGCCAUAGGUAUCAAGAUGCAGAGAAGAUGCAGAGGCGCGUAUUUGAAGAAAGAAAGAAGAAACUUGGGCUGGAUCACCCCAAUACGUUUGUCAGUGCCGACAACCUAGCCGCGAUUCUCGCCGGUUUAGGUAUGUAUGAUGAGGCAGAGGAAAUGUGUCGCUGGGCUCUUGAAGGUAGCGAGAGGGUGCUGGGAUUAAAUCAUCCACAGACUUUGACAAAUUUGAAAAAUAUGGCCUCGCUGUUGCAGCGUGCGGAAGGGGCCAGCGAAGCGGAGAGAUUACCUCGGCAUUUGAAAGUCAUGAGAUCUCGGUGA